GAAUCAAGAUCUAUGUUUAAGCUGAAAAAAAUUGUUUUAAAAAUUGCCUGUCCAGUUAUUGUACUGUCAAUUUUGAUUUAUUCAGGAUUAGACUUUCAUAUUUCUUCAUUCACAAUAAGUAAGAUGAAUAUGAAUCAUUCAGGGCACAUGAAUCAUAUGACCCAUAUGGGAACCACUGAGAUGGAUCAUAGUGGCAUGGAUCACAGUGGCAUGAAUCAUAAUAUGGGUGGUGGCAUGGACCAUAAUAUGGGUGGCAUGAAUCAUAAUAUGGGCAUGGAUAUGCACAUGAAUACUACAAAAUGUGGUGAUGGCAUGAUGGGAAUGAUGAUGUAUUUCCACACAGGGACAUGUGAAUAUGUUCUGUUUAAAGAGGCUCUAGUAUCUUCAGCAGGAGAAAUGGUUGGUGCUUGCAUAGUCAUAUUCAUCCUAGCGCUAAUCUAUGAAGGAUUGAAAGUUUUUAGAGAACAUCUCCUACGAAAGGCAUUGACACCAAACUAUCACAGUGAAGCUACCAUCUCAAAAUAUACUCAUACAUCAACAGAUACAAUGGUCAUAGAUCCACAGUCAGCAAAAUCUAAUGGGCAAACAGUUGAAAAACUUGCUGAUGGCAUUGAGUAUCGUAAAUUUACACAAGAUAAAAUAAACGGGCAACAAAUAAUAAGUUCCUCCCACUUCAUACAGACGAUCCUUCAUGUAGUACAAGUGUUUAUCAGCUAUUGCCUUAUGUUGGCUUUUAUGACCUACAAUGUAUGGUUGUGUGUAGCGGUCAUCUUAGGAGCUGGGGCAGGUUAUUUCAUGUUUGGAUGGAAACGAGCAGUUGUUGUCGACGUCAACGAACACUGUCAUUAACACAAAUCACAUUAUUAAUACCUGGUUAUAUAUAAUGAAAGAUUAUAGCAUAUAUUACUUGAAAAAUAAUGAUGCCAGUUGUAAACCUUUAGCCAAUUUACACAUGCAAAAAUAAGUAGGUGUUUCCGUCAAGGUGACAAGAGGGACAAAUGACCUUCAUUUUAAGGUUUUUAGCAAGCUACAAAAAAGAAUGAUUUUAAACAAAUCACUUUAUUUAUAAAUCAUGACAAAGUUUGGGAACUUUGCUUAUGAAUUGGUUCACAUUGGUCCAUAUUACUGUCUGCAAACAUUACCAGUUUGUUACAUACUAUCAUCCCUCAGUAAAUUGGUGAAGGGAGAUCACCCAUACUGUCAAAAUGUUUCUAAGUACGGGAAACAUACUGUUAAUAAAAUCAUGUUUGUUACAUUUUUGUGAUAUAUUUCAAAAAUAUAUGUUGAGUUUUAUUCAGUAUUUAACUAAUAUAUAACAAAUUAUUUUGUUGGUUGCAAAUUUCUGUGAUUUUUUUGUAUGAUAGAUUUUAUAUAUUGAUAAACAUGAAGAUUAUAUUUGUGAACAAUUUCAUAAAGUAUGCUAUUGAUGUACAUUGACUGAGAAUUUUAACAUGAGUUUUUACUGUGUUUGCGAUUUUUAUGGACAUGUCUUUAUAAAAAUAAUCAUUUUGAGUCAAAAAAAAAAAGUAGUUUUCUUAAUAGCUGCUAAUUAUCUUUAAAAGAAGAAAUUUUAGAUUGUUUAUAAGAACCACAUUGACAUGUCAGUUUUAAACCAUUUGAAGAAGGGUGACAUUCACUAUAUAUAUUUUAUGAAAAGGGGCCAAGUUUUUUCUCAUCUAAUGAUUAAAAUAUGUAAAAUUCUUUACAGUGCCAAUAUAUCUAGCAGCAAUAAAUUUUUCAUUAUCCGACCAUUUUAUAUCUUUUGUGCCAUUGAAUUUUCAUUUCAUUCAUAUCAUAUUCAUAUAUUAUAUAUAUUUGAUUAAUUUGUUAGGUUGUUUGUGGUUGCAUAUACAAUUGUAUAGAAUAUGUUGAGUCCAGUAGUAAUAUGGAAAAUUUGGUAAAUUGUAUUACUAUUGAUUAUUGUAUUAAGGGACACAAUAUUUUAUUGUGAAUUGUUAUCAGUGGAAAGAAUGUUUCACUUUGUUGGUGAAUAUCCAUUAUGUUUUUUAUGUGAGGAUUAGAAUGAUAAUUGGUAUGGGAGAUUGACCAUAAAGGUUCCUUCAUUGCAAAAUAUUAGUUUGAGCCUUCAUGAUAAUAUGAUAAUAAUAGAUGGAUACCACUAGCUGUCUGAAGACUCAGUGGCGGAUCCAGAACUUUUCCUAAGGGGGGCCCCCUGACUGACCUAAGAGGGGGCCCACUCCAGUCAUGCUUCAAUGAUUCCCUAUAUAAUCAAACAAAUUUUUUCCCACAAAAUGGGGGGCCCAGGGCCCCCCAUGGAUCCGCCUAUGGAAGUGUUGUGGAGAUGAUCACCUCUUCUGAAGCUAUAAAUGAUAUUUAUUAGCAAUUUUUAACAAAAUUAUACAUUUUCUGUCUUCAUUUUAAUCUUUAAUUCAAUUUUAAGCAUUUGUAUUUUUAGUUUGUUUUCCCCCUAGGUUUUUCCAUUUAUCAGUUGGAAAAUUCAUUAACAAAUACUAAAUGAUUUAAUGUAGAAUUAGAUAUAUUUUUUUUGUAACAGUUACAUUUGUUCAGAAUUAAAAGUAAAACACCCACCGGUAGUUUAACAUUCAAAUGUCUCUAUGCAUACUAAAAUAAAAUUAAAUAACCAUCCUAAAAAGUAUAAAAAAUAAAGCACAAAAUUUUGUUUUGAAUUUCCUGAAUCUGUAUAUGAUAAAUCUUUAUUGAGCAUAGCUGUACCCAGGUCCUCAAACUACCAUAACUUUCCACCGGACAACCUCCUUAGUAAUUGUCCCUAUUAAUGCUUCAAUGGCUGUAUGGACUUAUACUUUGUAAAGGCAAUGCUAUUUGUUAUAAAUUUGUCUUUUUUUAUAUCAGUAGUCGAAUAAUAAUUUGAAAAUUUAAGUGUAAUAACAGAAUAUUAAGAAAUCAUCCAUUGAUUUAUUUUAUCUGUUUGUUUAUGGUAUAUAUUUUUUUUGGCUGUGAUAGUCCAGCUACAAGGUCACAAAUUUUGUCUUAUAUUUUGUUGAUAGAAAAUUAGUUUUACAUCAGAAGAGAUAAUUAUUUUUAUAUCAAUGUAUUAAAAAUAUAUCAACACAUAGUAUAAAUUGUACUAUAUUUUCAGAAAUGAGUUUGUGUAUGCUUUUCUUAAUGUUACCAAACAAAAAUAUUUAUGGCAUUGAUGACGUGUGUGGUCUCAUUAAUUCAAAUCUAUAGGUACAAUUAUUUUCAAUUUUAUCACCACUACAAUAGGGAGGAUUUUUCAUGCAAAAAAAUUCUACAAUAUGCAAGGCAGAUGAUUUUCCUAGACACUGGUUUCCCAACCAGUUAAAUUUACAGACAGGCAAUUAAAAUAUUUAGAGCAAUGAUUGAAAAACUUGAACAGAAAAUAGAAUGAGGAGUUUCUAUAAACACAAUGCUCAUUCUGUUGGAUCGCUAACAUUAUUAAGAAUAUCACAGUUAUUUCUGAAUUUACAGUACAUGUAUAAAUGUUGUUAAUAAAAUACAAUGUUCUAUCAUAUUUUUUAAAUCAUUUUUUUUCGGUGAACAUUAGAUUUUUCUUCAGUAUGUAUGUGUCCAAUGAAGAUACCAGUAUUUUCAUUUUAUGUGUAAGGUUCUUACAUGUAUGAACUUACUUUGUGGAGUUGAGUAGUAUUUAGAAGGAUGCAUACAUGUAUAUUUUAUAUAAUUUAUUAUAGUUUAUAUGGUUCAAAUUAAAAAAAAAAGGUUAUUGAAUGAUAGUUGAAAACAAAAUAUAUUUUAACAUAUCAUAUUAUUAUCAUGUGAAAUGCUGGCAUGAAAUUCCUCCUUAACACAUACACAACCUUGUGUAUUAAAAUAUCUCAUUUUCAAAAUUAGGUAAAAAGGGAUGGAACAAAAAAAUAUCCUAGCAAAUUGUAAAAGGAGCAUAUUUAUCAACCAUUAAAAGGUGUAUUUAAUCCUCAAACUAAAUCGAUUAACAGGUGAAGAAGAGACACCUACUUUUGUGGCAUUUACAGUUCUGAAAAUUUACAAUCUAAAUUUGGUAUUCUACUGUCAACUGACAUUUGCUUUUAAGGGCAUUUAGGACCAAGAUUGUUCCAUUUUCUUUCAUGUUGUCUAAUCUGUUAGUGAUAUUUUCAGAUUAGACACUUAAAAAGACAGGUUUAUGUAUAGAACUACACAUCUACUAUGGACCUGAAAAAUCAAAUAUAUUAUUGUGUGUUUUAACAUUUAAAACUAAAUUAGAUAUUGAAACUGUUUAUAAAUAAUAGAACCUGUGUUUUGUGUGAUGUACUAAUACUUUGGUAUCUAUAUGUUGGUGCUAUUAUCCACAAAUAAAAUACUUUUUAAUGAAUCAUAGCUAGUAGAAAUGGUUUGUACAUUACUGACAAACAUCGAUAAAGAGGUAAAGCCAAGGUUGCCAAUGUCUUUCUGAGGGGUAGCAAGGUGCUCCAUCAUCCUCUCAGAUAUUUAAUUUAUUAUGCUGAAUGUUCUGAUAUUACUGUCUAUUAAUUUUCAAAUUUAAAGUAAUAAACUAUGAUUACUUACACAUACCAACCAUCAGUAUUUUAUAUAAAGUGUACACUUGAUCAAGCAACUCUGUGAAGAGUAAUAGAGUAUUUGCCAUGGGAUAGAGUAAAUUAUCUCCCUUGUAUUAACCAAUCAAAAUCUACAAUUUGUCUCAGGGUUAUUGAAGGGGAGAUAAUUGAUAUAACAUAUUUUGGGUAGAUCCAUUAUUUGGCUUAUUUGUGGUCUGUCUUACAACACCUCAUGUUGGUCUAUGAAUAUUCACUGUAUAUAAAUAUAUAGCAAUCUAUAAAUGGAACAAACUAUUCCAUAUAGAUAAAUGAUAUGUGUCAACAGCAUGUCCCUCUUUUUUGCUAUAUAUCAUGAAUAAAUAAAGCCUACAAUUUGUUAAAAAUAAAAUGAUACAAUGAUGAAAUAUAUUCUGCAUGUAAUCAGGUAGUUUAUUUAACAUAUUUGAUAUAUUUAGACAUUCUUAACCAACAAUUUUUUUUUAUGUCUUAAGGGCCAGAAAACUUUUGAAAAGUCAACAAACAGAACGCUUGACAAACAAAAAUGCUCUGGCAAUGUAGAAAUUUGUAAGACAGUUUCUGGCUACAAAACUGAAGGAGAUAUAUUCUCACUGAGAAAUUUGUUGAUUUAAAUAAAUAUAUAUUUUCAGUUUA